UCUUAGCGAGCGAGUGGCUCUUGGUGGAGCGAUGGAGCAGUGUGCUCGCGCCCUUGAGCUGCUGGGCAUGCUGGUCUAUGCGGGGGCCUGGCUGUGCGUUCUGGGGACCACUAUAUCGCCGCAGUGGCUGAGCAUGUCCACAGCUCUGCUGCCGUUGGAGAGAUACGAGCUGGGCCUGUGGGGGACGUGCGUGGUUCAGGAUGUGGGCGGCAUGGAGUGCCGGCCCUACGACAGCCUACUGGGCCUCUCCUGGGACCUCAAGCUGGCCCGCGUCCUCACGUGCACCUCCCUGGCCGUGGGUGUGCUGGGCUUCCUGGUGGCCAUACCAGGACUCUCCCUGGUCAACAGCUGCGAGGAGGACGGCAGGACCAAGAGGAUUUUGACCAUCACGGGGGCAUUUCUGGGGAUUCUGUCUGGGGUGCUCUGUUGGAUCCCCGUCUCCUACGUGGCCCGCCUGGCCGUGGUCCGCUUCUUUGACGACACGGUGCCCGACGUGGUGCCGCGCUGGGAGUUUGGGGACGCCCUGUUCUGCGGCUGGGUGGGAGGCUUUCUCCUCAUCAUGGCCGCCCUCGUCCUGCUGAGCUCUUCUUGCCAAAGGUGCCGGGCGGAGCCGCCUCGGCCCGCCCUGCAGAGGAGGAACCAAGUGAUGAGCACCAUGCUUGCCAGGUCCGAGUACGUUUGAAGAAAACUCAAUCUAGCUUUAAAAAAACAUUUCAAUCAACCAAAUCAAGUUCAAGACAGCAGCUUUUUGAAUGAUUUUUCAUUUAAAUGACACAUUUUAGAGGCUCUAUUGUACAUUUUGUUAGAUGGCAAUUGAAUAUUUAAAGGGAUCACUAUAUCAGAUAUUAUCACCUUGGAAACACACUACACACGUUUCAGGAUUUGUAAAUAGACGCAACGAAUGUUUUGUCAGCUGCUUUGAAGAAAUGUUUUAUCGCGCUUUGAUAUUUUGUAUUUCAUUCCUUUUCCAUGCUAGCAAAAAAUGCUGUGAUAGCAAGCCAUCCUGACAUGAGAUUUAUAUGAUCAUAAAGAUUCAAAGCCACACACAAGGCUCAAUUGUUUUGCUUCAAACUUUACUUUUUACCACAAUUAUUGGGUAAUAAUUGUCAUUUAAAAAUG